AUGUCACAACCCCAUAAAGAAUGGUUUCAACGUCUCUUUAAUGCAUUCUACAAGGGUGAAACAUUAAUUGAAUUUCCAAUUGAUAAUCUCCCUCCAAAUGAUUUUGUAGAAAUCUUUAAUAGAGACGAAGAAAUUAUUAUUAAAAUUUUACAAAAUACCACGAAUAUCUCAAAUAAUGUCGUAUGGUAUUGGUUCAAAGACAAUGAACAUAAAAUAAUUGAUCGAGCAAUUGAAUAUAUUGAUGAGAAUUUUCUACCCAAUAUAAAUAUUGGUUCUAUAGAAACAAGUGAAACGGAAAAAUUUAAUGCGGAUGCUGAUAAAGAUAAUUCAGAUAAAGGAGAGGAAUGGAGAUUAACAGAACGACUAAUUUAUAAUCUAGAUGAUGAUGAUAAAACAAUUGUUCCUGGGCUUCAUUACCUUUUAAAAUAUAAGUGGACUCCUGCUUCAGGACCAGGAGAAAAUGACCUGAUUAUUACCAAUGGUAGAGGCAUAUUCGCUAUCGUGGAGGUAAAAAAUAAUCGAAGUGAGGAUGACAAGAAAUACCGAAUGAGUUACGCUCUUCGUCAAGCUAUGUAUUAUAAGCGUAAAUUUAUUGAGGAAUGUAAUGUUGUUUAUAAUGUUGAUGAUACUUCGUUUGAUGUCAUUGUUGUUAUUGGAUUAGCAAUUGGUAAGGAUAAUAAAAAACCAAUUGGUAAGGAUAUUAAAAAACUAUGCGUUGGAUCUUUUGAUGAACAAGUUUGUAAAACUCUCAAAGAGAGAUAUUGUAGUAAUAACUCAAACCAAGUUUUUAUAUAUAAUACCCAAUCACCUAACCCAUCAAGUUCGAAUUUAAAUAGUAACUGA